AUGAAGCCAUAUUUCGGACUGAGGGGCACGUCCCUCAACAUCAUGAUCAGUAUCAUUGCUGGUCUUGAUUUCUUGCUUUUUGGUUAUGACCAAGGUGUGAUGGGUGGUCUGUUGACGUUGAACUCGUUUGUUAGAACCUUCCCGGAAAUCGAUACUACCAAGGCCGGUGAGAUGAGCCUAUCGGCCGCUCAGAAGAGCAAUCGCUCGACCGUGCAAGGUAUCACAACGGCAUCAUACAACUUGGGUUGUUUCUUCGGUGCUAUCUUUUGUAUCUGGAUCGGAAAUUACCUGGGUCGCCGCAAGACCAUCUUCGCCGGAUCCGCUAUCAUGGUCAUCGGCGCUACGCUGCAGUCUUGCGCCUACUCGCUUCCGCAUCUGAUCGUCGGCCGUAUUGUGACCGGUAUUGGUAACGGCUUGAACACUUCGACUGUCCCUACCUGGCAAUCUGAGUGCAGCAAGUCCCACCAUCGGGGCCAGCUCGUUAUGGUCGAGGGCUCCUUGAUUGCUGCUGGCAUUACCAUCAGCUACUGGAUGGAUCUUGGAUUCUCUUUCCUCGACCCUAGUUCCGUGGCCUGGCGCUUCCCUAUCGCUUUCCAGAACCUGUUUGCGUUAAUCAUCUUAUUCUGCGUGAUGCCUCUUCCAGAAUCGCCCCGGUGGCUGACUCUGAAGGGCCGCGAAGACGAGGCUAUCGUGGUUCUGGGAGCCAUUUUGGAUUUGCCUGAGGACGACCCGUAUGUUCACUCCGAGUUCGCCGCGAUCAAGGAUGCUGUACUUGCCGAUCAGAGUGUCGGCUUCCGCGAUCUGAUCACCAUGGAUGAAAACCGCCACUUCCAUCGUGUCGUUCUCGCCUACGUCAACCAGAUGUUCCAACAAAUCUCUGGUAUCAACCUGAUCACUUACUACGCCGCUACAAUCUACGAAAAGUCGAUCGGCAUGAGUGGUCUGAUGUCCCGUAUUCUGGCUGCCUGCAACGGCACCGAAUAUUUUUUGGCGUCAUUGAUCCCCGUUUUUAUCAUCGAGAAGGUUGGCCGUCGGACGCUGAUGUUAGUGGGCGCUGCUGGCAUGUCGAUCUCUAUGAUGGUUCUGGCUAUUGCCACUAGCUUUGUAGGCAACUCCCAGGCCGGUAUCGCGGCUGCUGUGUUCCUUUUCGUCUUCAAUACCUUCUUUGCUUGGGGUUGGCUGGGUAUGACCUGGCUGUAUCCCGCUGAGAUUGUUCCGCUCCGUAUCCGUGCGCCUGCCAAUGCCAUGGCUACUUCCAGCAACUGGAUCUUCAACUUCAUGGUUGUCAUGAUUACCCCUGUGGCUUUUGAUACCAUCGGAUACCAGACCUACAUCAUUUUUGCGGUCAUUAACGCCUUCAUCUUCCCUGUCGUCUACUUUUUCCAUCCCGAGACCUCCUACCGCUCCCUCGAGGAAAUGGACACCAUCUUUAACAAAACCACCAGUGUCUUCAACGUUGUCUCUGUCGCCCGCAAUGAGCCCCACCGCUAUGGCAAGAAUGGAGAGCUCCUCAUCAACUACGAAGACACCGAGCAGCACCUGCGCCGUGCCAGCCACGUCUCCGAGAAGCGCAAGAGCGGCUUCACUGCUGGUUUCGAGCUGGAGAGCGGCAAGGGAACUCACGUUGCGCAUCCCCACGGCAGCAUGUCGGAUAGCAGCAGCUAG